AGAUGUGCAAGUGUGUGACAUCAGAAUGGUCCUUCCACUUAAAUACCUGAAACGGGUUACGGCACGUCACUGGAGCGUUGUAGAGACAGUACUUCUGCAGUCAGCUGGAACACAGUCAACAUGGCAUCUGUGUCCGUCAGCUCCCAGCUCAACAAGACGGUGCGCCAGCACUAUAUGGGCCUUUCCCAGGGAACCAAGUGUCAAGUGACCUACAUUUGGAUUGACGGCUCCGGUGAAGGUCUUCGCAAUAAAACCAGAACCCUGGACAAAGAGCCAACCUCCAUUGACGAAAUUCCCAUUUGGAACUUUGAUGGCUCCAGCACUGACCAAUCAGACGGCGCAGACAGCGACCUGUACAUCGUCCCCGCUCAGAUGUUCAGAGAUCCCUUCACCCUGGAUCCCAACAAGCUCGUCCUCUGUCAUGUUGUCUCGCACGACAACAAGCCAGCAAAAGCCAACAACCGAUUUAGCUGCAGCAAGGUGAUGGAGGCAGUGAAGGACCACCACAUCUGGUUUGGCAUGGAGCAAGAGUACACUCUCUAUGGAAUUGAUGGUCGUCCUUACGCCUGGCCCAAAAAUGGAUUCCCGGGACCCCAGGGUCCCUAUUACUGUGGGGUGGGCUCAAGAAACGCGUAUGGACGGGACAUUGUGGAGUGUCACUACAAGGCCUGUCUCUACGCUGGAGUCAACAUCUGCGGCACCAAUGCUGAAGUCAUGCCAUCUCAGUGGGAGUUUCAGGUGGGUCCUUGUGAGGGCAUUGAGAUGGGGGACCAGCUGUGGGUCGCACGUUUCCUGUUGCACCGUGUGUGUGAAGACUUUGGGGUCGUGGCUUGCAUGGACCCCAAGCCAAUAGAAGGGGACUGGAACGGUGCCGGGUGCCACACUAACGUCAGCACCAAGCAGAUGAGAGAAGAAGGAGGACUGGAGCACAUCCACAAGGCCAUUGAGAAGCUGGGGAAGAGACACGUCCAGCACAUCCAGGUCUACGACAUCCAUGGAGGGAAGGAUAACCUGAGACGCCUCACAGGGCUCCACGAGACGGCCAGCAUUGAUUCCUUCUCAUACGGCGUGGCCAACAGAAAAGCCAGUGUCCGCAUCCCACGCCAGGUGGCCCAAGACGGCCAUGGUUAUUUCGAGGAUCGACGCCCUGCCGCAAACUGUGACCCUUAUGCGGUGACCGAAGCCAUCGCUGCCACAUGUCUGCUGGAUAAGCAGGAGGAGUAGAACACCUGCACCUGCAUGAAAAUACAUGUGUGUUCAGAUGUACGGUGUUGUUAAAUCACACAUGAGUAUUAGGAGCACAACGCACAUUAUAAUAUGCACAGUAUGAGGAUUACA